AUGAUUAUAUCAACACAACUGGCGACAAAGUUGUUGGUCGCUUUGAUGUUGAUAAGCGCAGUGGCAAAUGUCGAUGCUUAUUUGCCUGGAAUGUUCUCAAAGGAUUAUAAGAAAGACGAUGAGGUGUUGCUAAAGGUCAACAAGAUCACCUCUGUUCACACUCAACUCCCAUUCACCUAUUACAAACUGCCAGUGUGCAGACCCGCCAAGAUCCAAGACGAGUCUGAGAACCUCGGUGAGAUUCUCCUUGGAGACAGAAUCGAAAGUUCACUCUAUGAAAUAUCAUUCUUGAAUGAAGUCAAUUGCAAGGUACUGAACUCGAUUGAGGGUGCCGUAUGCACUGAUGAUUUGGAUCAAGGACAAUUGAAGGAUUUGAGCGAUAAGAUUCAGAAUGAAUACAAGGUACAUUGGAUCCUCGAUGGUCUUCCAGUUAGAUUGUCCGGUGGUUCACCUCAUGAGCCAGGUUUCCCAUUGGGUUACAUUGGUACUGUUGAUGAGGAACUUGGAAAGAACUAUGUAUACAAUCAUGCCAACAUUACUAUCCUUUAUCACAAGAAUGGAGAGGAUGAAUUUAGAGUGGUCGGAUUCGAAGUGACACCAAUCAGUAUUGCUUACAACCCAGAUACUUACCGUAAGGACCAGUCCGAAUGUCCUGAAGUUAGGUCCGCCGCAUAUGGCCAGACUGUGACCUCGGCCAAGGAGACAAUCUAUUGGACAUACAGUGUGACGUUCAAGCAGAGCGAUGUCCGUUGGGAGAAGCGUUGGGACUCGCUGCUCAGCACCGACGUGCAGUCACGUCGCUUCCACUGGUUCUCCAUCCUCAACUCGCUGAUCAUCGUCUUCUUCUUGACGAUCAUGGUCGGAAUGAUCUUGAUGAGAACGCUCAAGGCCGACUUUAGACGUUACAACACCAUCGACGCCUCUGAGGAGGCUGAGGAGACUGGCUGGAAGAUGAUCCACGGCGAUGUCUUCCGUCCCCCCAGUCGUCCAAUGCUUCUCUCUGUCAUGAUUGGCAGUGGUGUCCAGCUCUUCUCCAUGGCUGGCGUCACCAUGUUGUUCGCCUUCCUUGGUUUCCUUUCACCAGCCAACAUUGGAAGUCUUGCAACUGCUCUCGUUGUACUCUUUAUUAUCAUGGCUAUGUUUGCUGGAUACUUCUCGACAAGGAACUACAUGAUCUUCAAGGGUCAGAACUGGAAGAGGAACACUAUCUACACUGCAUUCGGUUUCCCAGGAAUAAUCUUUACAAUUUUCUUUAUCAUCAAUAUGUUCCUUAGAGGCGCUGGAUCAUCUGCUGCCGUGCCCUUCCCAACAUUCCUCUCAUUGAUCGCUAUGUGGUUCGGUAUCUCUGUGCCAUUGGUGUUCUGCGGAAGCUACUACGCCUCCAAGAAGCCAGUGCCCCAAGACCCGGUGCGCACCAACCAAAUCCCCCGCCAGAUACCCGAUCAGAUCUGGUACAUGAAGCCAACGCUCUCCAUCCUGAUGGGUGGCAUCCUACCAUUUGGCGCCGUCUUUAUCGAGCUCUACUUCAUCCUCUCAGCACUCUGGGACAACCAGUUCUACUACAUCUUUGGAUUCCUCUUUAUCGUUUUAGUCAUCCUCAUUGUCACCUCUGCCGAGAUCACCAUUGUCAUGUGCUACUUCCAACUUUGUGCAGAGGACUACCAUUGGUGGUGGAGAUCAUUCUUGACAUCGGGAGCAUCGGCAUUCUUUAUGUUCCUGUACACUAUUUUCUUCUUUAGACGUCUGCAGAUCACCAAGUUUGUUUCCGUCCUCCUUUACUUUGGAUACUCAUUGAUCAUGUCACUGUCCUUCUUUGUGGUGACUGGUGCCAUUGGAUACUAUUCAUGCUACUUCUUUGUGCGCAAGAUUUACAGUUCCAUCCAUAUCAACUAA